GAUUCUGGAGGUUUGGCUGUAAGGAGAAUGGCAAGUGGGUGUUGGCAGGUGUGGUGUCAUGGGGCUAUGGGUGUGCUAUGCCCAACUACCCAGGAGUCUACGUUCGGGUCACUAAGUAUUUGGACUGGCUGAAGGCUAAGACGAGUGAAGGAAGCAACGACUUGUGUUUUUCUGGUCAAGGGUCAGGCUCAACCACUAAGACUCCAGCAGCAACUACCGUCCCUUCAGCUACAAGCUGCAAGUGUGGACAAGUCAACCGACAGACUCGUAUCGUGGGUGGUCAGCCAACUGAGAUACACGAGUAUCCCUGGCAAGUGGCUCUCGUCAGUUCUUCCGGCUCAACACCAUUCUGUGGCGCCUCCAUCAUCAGUAACCAGUGGAUCCUCACUGCUGCUCACUGCGCUGCCGUCAUGACCACCAGCAACAUGGUGGUGAUCGGCGAGCACAAGUACACCAGCACUUCCGAGACGUCGGCCACAGAGCGCCUCAGUAUUGCUCAGGUAUGGCAACUCCUAUGAAAGGUAACAUUGUGU